AUGGGCGUCUCCGUCCCCGGCGCCCCUCCCACGCCGCCGGCUACGCAGCACACGGCCGCCACCAGCGGCGGCAUCUCCGCGACGUCGCCCUUUUCCCAGCAGCGCGAGCGCCUCAUCCUCGAGCUGCUGCCGUUCAAGGACGCCGCCAAGUUCCACGAGUGGCUGCGCGGCGGGCCGGUGCAGGGCGCGUGGCGCGAGUUUCAGCACGACCUGCUCACGCACGUGCCGGCCGACCGGCCGGACCCGGACAAGGCCAAGACGGCGCAGGCGACCAAGGACGCCAUCAACACGCGGUCGCAAAAGUUUCUCUUCUACCACCCCGACAAGAGCGACUGGUCGCCCGAAGACCACUACGUCCGGUUCAUGACCAUUGUCAUCUUGGACUCGCUGCUGGCAAACCUGUGGUCCGACUCGGACUGGAGGAAGAGGAACCUUGAUAUUUGCAAGGCCGUGUACGAGGUCUUGUUUUUCCUGAAAGCAUCACACUAUAUAAACCAUCAAGAUCCGCCAGGCUAUUCGUGUUAG